AUGCCUCCUUCCAGGCCACCAGACUCGGCAGCGACCACAAGCAAAAGCAGCUCCGUCGACUCCAGGUCCUUUCAGAGCUCCUACAUCGGCGGCGAUGGCCUCUCGCCCACCAGCACAACAUCCACCGAUCCCACCACCAAGGCAAGCCUCGCUGGCUCCUCCGGCUCUUCCGCCAAUGCCGCCGCGCUGCCUCACAAGCUACCGGACCUCGAACACUUUCGUCAGAGCAGCCAAUUGAUGCCAGAGUACUUCCCGCGCACCUCUGAGUUCUUCAGUCACGGCCGUCGCCGCAGCAGCGUUGCCAUCAAUCCCAACACGCCUGCCACCACCGGCACCUCUCCUUCGGGAGCAGCUCCGGCAAUCCCCGAAGCCUCCUUACGUCCUCGCAGCAGUGCGAGUCCCGCCAAGAAGCCCGACUCCUUCAAUCUUCCACUCAACUUUGAAGAAUCAGAGGCGCUCCUAGGCGAGCAGCUUCCCGUUCGUCUUGGAUUGGCACCUCCGUCUCAUUCGCACGGCUUCAAGGCGUCCGACAUCACCUAUAAAGCGCGUGUUGGUCAUGGCUACUACUUCUAUCUUCCACCGCCGCUUAAGGCUGCUCCAUCUGCAAACCCUGCUCCCGACACGCUGCGACGCAGAAACACCGACACUGGCGACCAUGUCGGGUGGCCGCUCCAGCAAAAGGUACCCUCGCCUUCCUCAACGCAGGUUUCGCCAAUCGCCUUGGGUUCCUCGGCCCAGCGUGCGCGUGCCAGCACCUCCACGGACGCCUCUCCAGCCCCUACGCUCGUAGGUCACUCGAAUAGCUACAAACGAUCAUCGUCGCUACCGCGAGGCCGUCUGCCUCCACCUUCAGCUGAUUGUUGGGAUCCCGAAGCCUACUUCACCCGAAAGCAGACUCGAGUCAAGGGCAAGAUGCACGAAUACGUCUACCACUCGUUCCCCUCGUCCGUCGCUCCCUACUGGCACGGCUACAACAACGAGGCCAUGGAAGCCGAGUUGUCGCUUCACCUCAGCAUCGUCGCCAUCUUUCGCGGACACACGUUGAGGGAGUUUCCUGAAGGCUCGCGCCCCUCGCGCGUGCUCGAUCUCGGCUGCGGGAGGGGGCAAUGGUGUCUCGACGUAGCGCGUGAAUGGAAGACAACCGAGUUUGUUGGCCUGGAUCUCGUACCAAUCCAGCCACCGCUCCACAAGCUGGGCGAUCCCGAUCUCGAGCAUCGCGUCAGUUGGGUCGUUGCCAACUUCCUCGAGCCGCUUCCUUUCCCCGACGCCAGCUUCGACUAUGUGCACAUUCGCUUCCUCUUGCAAGGCGUGCCCGAGGACAAGUGGGUCGACAUAUUUUCCGAAGCUCGACGCGUCCUGGCUCCCGGAGGGGUGCUCGAGAUCUUAGAAAGCAACUACAUCUUCUUUGGCCAGCCGAGCUUGGUGGAUACCGGCGAGCUCGACGAUCUCGAAAAAGGACGCGCGGCGCUCAAGAUCAGUGGGGGUGCCCGAAUGCCCCGACGACUCAAGGUGCUAGGCGAUGCCUCGGACUCGAACGACGUCGAUGCGAUCGAGGUCGUCUUUGAGCGUAUGAUGCAUCGACGCUUCAUCAAUCCCGCAUCGCUCUCCAUCAUGGCCUCGGCGUUGCUGCUGCCCGGCUUUGCCACCGUCGCCAAUGGCAACCCGCGACACAUUCCGGUCUUUGCCGAGUCCAAAGCGCAACGGGCCCGAGCACGAGGCGAAACCACCACCUCGUCUUCCAACGCUACUUCGAGCGACGAUGAAUACAGGCGAUCGAACAAGUUCGCCAGUCGCGGUCAGAUCGGCCCGCCGCUCAAGUCGCAGUUUGCCGUGACGGAUGCGGAACUCAUUUGCGCCCUCGCCAUCAUGGAGCGCCUGGACCACUUUUCCUCCAGUCGCGAACUUGUCUGGGCCGAGGCCGAAGCCGAGAAACGCAGUUUGCAAGGAACACCCCAAGUUGAGGUGCCCAAGAUGGAUGCCACUCGAAGGUUCGGGCAGGGCAACCCGAUGGCGUUGAAGCCGUUCGCGCAUCCUUGGAAGUCGAAGCAGGACUUCUUCAAGGCGAUGGACACGUGGAUCGAGACGACCAGGGUGUCGGCGGAUACGGAAAGUUUGCUGCUCAAGUAUCUCGACUGGGAGCAGACGCACGAGGAUCUCACCGUGGAAGGCAGGAAGCACGCCGAACGCAGGCGCAAGAUGAGCUCGUCGUCGGUGACCAUGCCUUCGCUCGGGCUGGAUCGCUUGAACGUGGACAAUCCGCUGUACGAGGAGCAUGGCGGUGCAAGUGCCGACGGUGGGUUCCCACAAAAGCCACUGGCUAGCUGGCAAGAGGAGACGCCCGGAGAUGUUGGCAUGGAAUAUGCCGGGCGUUCGGCAUAUCCCAUCCCUUCGACUCGCGCGCAGGAAGCGCCCGCCCGACUCCAGAGCACGCGCUCAUCCGCCUCCGACACUCGGCCCGACGUCGCGCACAGUGCUGAACCCAACAAGCCGGUGGAGAAGAAGAAGCGAAAGUCGAUGCGACCGAGCAGCAGCGGGAGUGUCGGACUGUCGACUCCGAGCUUUGGUGGCUCGUUCGGGCGUGCACGCACCUUCGGACGUGGCGGCGCAGGCAACCUCGUAGCUGCACAACACGUACCUCUGCCGGAUGCGCCUUCGUUCAUGCCCGGGAACGCGUUCGUGCCUCCCGGCUCGGACGCGCACGGCUUGUUCCGCGGUGCCAAUACCAAGGCGAGCAUCCUUGCGUCGACUCGAGGUGGGAGGGGGGGUCCCGGUGGUCGACUGGCGUCGAGCACCAAGUCGAUCACGAGCGACCAAGCUAGCAUUCCGAGCCGGGACGAUCCGCGCCAAGCGGCGACAGGGAUGGUCUCUUCGCCUGCGCCCUUGAGCCCUGCAUCGGGCAUGUCGGCUGCCGCAGCGUAUGCAGCGACGCAGCGCGUGUCGCACGGUAUCGACGACGAGCAUCGCUUCCAGCCCGUGCCGGGGAUUCCGGAGGAGGAGGUCAGGAGGGAGUCGCGCCCUGUUAGUCCGACCACCGGUGCGCUGCGCUCGCCAGUAGCCCCCGCGCGUGCGUCGACGACCGGAACCAGACCCUCGCUCACCAGCGCACACCCGGGAGCGGGAGCAGGAGCCGACGCGCGCUCCGUCACCUCGCCCCCCACCGCAGGCGCCACCGUCAGGAUCGCCGAACCACUCAACAAGCCAUCCAAGGACCGCUCCGCCAAGAUCAAACCCAAGGCCGUCGCCAUCAUCGGCUUUCUCGACGCUAGCGGCUUUCUCGCCACCGCCUAG